AUGUGGGAGUUCCGGUCCAUGAAUUUUUGGCGGGCAGUCUUCGCAGAGUUCUUCGGGACCAUGUUCUUUGUAUUCUUCGGCAUGGGUGCUGCCCUGCGCUGGACCACCGGGCCUCAUCAUGUCCUUCAUGUGGCCCUGUGCUUUGGGCUAGCAGCUGCCACCCUCAUCCAGUCCAUUGGCCACAUCAGCGGCGGCCACAUUAACCCUGCUGUCACCUUUGCCUACCUUGUCGGUUCACAGAUGUCUCUUUUCCGUGCCAUUUUCUACAUGGCCGCCCAGUGCCUGGGUGCUGUAGCUGGGGCUGCUGUACUCUACGGGGUCACACCUGGCAACAUGAGAGGCAACAUGGCAAUGAAUACGCUGCAGCCUGGCAUCAGUCUGGGAAUGGGCACCACUGUGGAGGUCUUCCUCACCAUGCAGCUUGUGGUUUGCAUCUUCGCCGUGACGGAUGAGAGGAGAAACGGACGCCUGGGAUCUGCCGCCCUAUCCAUCGGCUUCUCCGUCACCAUCGGACAUCUCAUGGGGAUGUACUACACCGGUGCUGGAAUGAAUCCUGCCAGGUCCUUCGCCCCUGCUGUGCUCUUCAGGAACUUCAUCAACCACUGGGUGUACUGGGUCGGGCCUAUGAUAGGAGGUGCCAUGGGCGCCCUCCUGUACGAUUUCAUGCUGUUCCCACGCAUGAGAGGUCUGUCCGAGCGCCUGGCCACACUGAAGGGCAGCCGGCCCCCAGAGAGCGAGACCCAGCAGGACACCCGCGGCGAGCCCAUCGAGCUCAAGACGCAAGCCCUAUAAACCUGCCCCCUUUUCUCCGACUGGGGCCAAGGGAUGAGGGACAAGGCCCUGAGCUACGCCAACCCCACCUCCACUGCCUCCCCCCAUGCCUUCACACAACAUCGCACAAGACUAACCCAAAUACUCACAUCUAGACUAACACACAACUCCAGUGCCACUGUAAAAACCGAGACGCAAACAGGUUCACAACCUCUAACCUCAACACACAACAAGACUCCUCUACCCCCCAGUCCUCACUCUGUAUUCCGAACAGGAACAUUGUGUUUUUGAUAAAUGGUGACCAGAGCCUGAACCAGCAGCCGCCUCGUCUCGCCCCUCCACCCGCCUGCUUCCAGUCAACUUCAUCUGUGACUCAGAGGAGUGUGAAAAACCCCGAAUUCGAUCAGAGAGGUGUAUAGGAAGGCGGGUGUCGGAAAGGGGGUGAGACCGAGGGCAGGAUGAGGGUGACGCGGGGAUGUGGGUAUGAUAUGAGAAGGUUAAGAGGGCACGGGGAAGGUGAAGGUGGAGUUAAGGGGUGGAGGUUGGGGUUUGGGUAGGGUAGAGAGGGCAACACUCUGGGUUUGUGGUCGUUUAAAAGUUGGGUUAGACCAGUGAAGAUGGGCAUGCUUUUCAUUAUUCAUCUGAAUUUAUCUCCAUUUUUUUUUUCUUCCUAGGUUCAUUUUGUUUUCUGCACUUCAGACACAGGACGUGGAUGUAUGAUACCAUUAGAGUUUACCAGGGUUUCACUAUUUUCAAUCACUACAUUUUAUCUGUGGGUUUGUGUUCGUGUGUGCGUGAUAUCCUUCUGCAGAAUGUGUGCGUGCAAGCGUGCGUGAGAGUGAGCGUGUGCAUGUGUGUGCGCCUGCCCGUGCGUAUGAGCGUGUUUGCAAGUGAGUGUGUAUACGUGUGAGUAUGUGUGUGUGCGUGUGCGUGCGUGUGUGAGAUCAAGAUUGCAGAUACAGUACUUUUUAUUUCGUUUUAUUUUCAUUACCGCUCUCCUGUUUCGUACCAUUAACUGUGUUCAUUUUGUCAUCACUUUUUAAGACAUGAUCAUUUCUCCUCCCCUCACUGUGGUAUUUGCUAUGAUAUUCAUUUUUACAUAAACCAUCUGCUUUUUUUUUGUUCUGAACCAGCGCAAUACAAAAGGAAAUGUCGUAUUCCAGACUUUGAUAGUAGGUCUGUUCACUGCAGAUCGGCUGCGCAAGCUUUACAUUGAGUCUCCUUUUAUUAUUUGAUCCUUACUGGGAGCACAAGGCGUUUCAAUAAACAUUUCAAUGAUAAUAAACAUAAAAAAAAAACUUGAUACAAGUUUUGCGUCAUUCUUGUCUUCUUUUACAUUUUGUGGCGUUGCUGUGAGCUGCAAUAAGUUAACUCGGCCAGAAGAGGGCGAAAAGAGCACAUGCUGAACUCACGUUUGAAAGAUGAAUUAGUCGAGGGAAUCCUAAGGACUGUUGGACCAGAGAAGUACCAAAAAGCAACAGCUCCUGGUGUUUGAAGAGAAAUAAUGGUGUGCACAUUAGUUUUGAGGGAGGUGUUGUUCAGGGAGGGGUCACUCGGGUAAGACAGGCUUCACCCAUAGGCGGACUAUUGCUGGUGUUGGAUAAGAAGAUUAGUUUUAAAACCGACACUUGUCAUUUAUCUUUUGAUGUCGUCUGUUCCUGUGCGGAACAGCUGAUAAACUGGUGCGACCCCACCUUCAGAGCUCUGACAGAACAAAGACAGCUGCAGACUAAAUCUGCAAUCAUCAGCGAGCCACAUUACUGCCCGGUGACUCAUCCCUUCAUUAUGAUGGACCUGGACACUGUAGGUUGAUCUGAGCAGAGCACACACGCCAUCCUGCUGCAAGAACUGGGACAAAAAGAAAAAGACAAAGAAACAACUCUGACCAGUACAAUGGGCUGGGAGAGGAGCUGGGUCCUGACACUGGCGUAUACUGCCUCGCUCUAUUUGUCUCUCACUCACUGACACACACACACGCACACACACGGAAACAGACACCAAAUACACUCACACAUAUUCAGGAACAACAUACAUCUUGACAUCCAAACACAUUUACUUGAUAUGUAUUGACAAUUUUGUAAUUUAUCAUAAAACCAAACAGUCCCCAAACAUCACUAAGCAUCUGCAGGAAUUUCAUUAUGACUGGUGUGUUUUAAGUGUUGACAAAGUCUUUCUCUGGGGUAAUGUUCGAACAGUAGAAAUAAAAAAAACCAUAAUA